AUGGCCAACCGUACCGCACAAGAAGAGGCAUGGGAUCGCAGGAGGUAUAGCGUACCGCCCAGCUUCCUGCGUGUGGAAGAUGUCCGCGUCGCCGCCACCAAGACGACGAAGUUCUUGAAAGGCGGCGUAGUAACACUCGUCGCCGAUUCAACGUGCUAUCCGAUCUAUCGCGACCUCUUGGCCCAGCGCUCAGCAUACAUGCGAAAUGUGCUCGCCACAAAAUACGAAGGACCUGUCCCUGUAGAAGUCGAAGGAACGCAUCUCGAAACGUACCUACACUUGCUGUUGCGAGACGAACUGAUUGUCCUGCAUCUACCAUCAAAUGAUUCGUUCGACAUGCUGCUCGGUGUGUACUCUGUAGCGUCAAAACUGGACGACCGAAAAUCAAAGCGAAUUACCAUGCACACAAUGGUCAGUCUCGCCCGCGAGAAAGGCCAUGGCCAAGACCGCCCACUGCCAAGUGCAGAAGCAAUCUCCCUAGUCUAUUCCACGACGAGUGAGAACGAUCCUAUACGCCUCUUCCUCCUCGAUCUGAUCGUUGAUAGAGACGACAUCAAGUGGAUGGAGAUAAACUCAGAGGGGCUACCGAGCACCUUCUCUGCAAAACUGCACGUCGCAGUCAUGAAAUUUCAAAAGCAAUAUGCUGUACCGCUCGCCGAUUCUUUUGACCGGUGCGAUAUCCGAAAAUACCUGGAGGAAGACAUCCAGGACGUACCGGCGGGUGCUGAGACCGGAGAAGCAAAGGCUGCGAAGGCACAGGCCGACGAAGCAGAGACUAGUGGACUCAUUAGUCGCUGUACCUCAGUUGCUAGGUCGGUUGCGGACCCUAGUGAGGAAAUCGCGGUGGAAUCGAUCUUAAGCUGA